AUGGCGUCAUAUUAUGCGCGGCUGGACAAUUUGUUUGCGGCCUACGCCCCCGAGAAACGUCCGCUUGUUGCCUCCCUACUUGAGAAGUACGGCGGCAGAGAGGAGGAGGUGUUGCAGAGCCUCGUGAAUAAGUUUGGGCCGGAGCCGGCUGGGGCAGCAAACGGCUUCCAGGGAGAAGGCAAUAAUUAUCGUGAACGCCUCGUUCGUUUUUAUGCCAAAUAUGCACCGAAGAAGCUCGUGACCGUUGACGCAAUGUUGGCGAGAUUUGCAGGACGGGAAGAGGAACUUUUCCUUGCUCUGGUGCAAAAACAUGGACCGGAGCCGCCCACCUUUUGCAACAACGGUGUCCUGCGAAGUGGUGAGAAUAUUUUCGACUCGCAAAGUGAGCAGAGCAGCAGCAUGAGCAGUGUUGCUGUUUCGCGCUACAAUGUGCACGAUCCCCGAUGGCGUCUGGCGCGGAUUUUUAUGGAGCACGCUCCUGAGCGGUUAGCGAUUGUGGAUCAAAUGAUGAAGAAGUACGCCGGUCGCGAGGAGGAGAUGCUUGCGCGUUGUGUAGAGCGCUAUGGUCCAGAGCCGCCUCCACCGGAUGAGCAAUCACCGCGAAGCCGUUUGUCGCGCUUCAUUGAGCACUAUGUUCCACGCAAAGCCUCCUCCGCGGAGGCCAUGCUGAAAAAGUACGAUGGGCGCUUAGAAACUCUCUUUGCGGUCCUGGUGUACAAACUCGGUCCGGAACCACCUGCGCUUGUGCCGACUGGUGGGGCGCGUAAAUUGACAUACCGUCAACGCCUCAUUUUGUUCUACAAGCUAUACGCCAGGGAAAGACUCGUUAAUGUGGAUACCGUACUUCAGCGAUACAAAGGAGAUGAGGAGACAAUGUUUCGUAUUCUUGUGGAAAAGUAUGGACCAGAACCAUCCCCUGACUUUGAGCCAGAUGCACCCAUUGCACCCGAUAAAGACUACCGCACACGACUGACGCGUCUCUUUACGAAGUAUGCACCUGAACGUGUGAAUAGUAUUCCAAGUAUUUUGAGAAAAUACCGAGGUAGCGAAGCUGACAUCAUUAAGGCCCUUGUUGAAAAACUUGGGCCGGAGCCACCCUUUGCUUCUUCCGCCACCUCAUCUGUGGUGGUUCCUGUAGUUAAAGAAGCUGCGGAUCCCUGUCGUGGUGUCUCACCAAUGACAGGUGAGCUCUCUGUUGCUGACGGCAAGGGAAGCCAAGAAGUUUACCAGGAUUUCGAGAAACCAGGUGUGUGGUUGAAGCAGCUCUCGUUGCCCCUGUCUACUUAUCGCCGCUAUGCAGUUAAUCGGUUAGGCGAAGAUCGUCUCAGUGAGUUAGAGAUGCGGUUUGGUAUCCCUCGUUUGCUGGUUAACAAGGACAAUGGCGAUGAUAACACCGAAAAGAGCUGGGUCGGUGUCAAGAAUUUAGUGACUGUCGCCAGAAACUACAAUGCUGCCCAGGAGACCGAAGAAUUUGAGGAGUCGACGCUUGCUGAAAGCGUCAGUGCCAAUUUUGCAUGCUUUCUGUUGAUUUUGGAAACGGUGGAAUUUCCUUUGCCGGAGGACUACUUGGAAGGAAGCAUAUUUUAUCGUUAUCCCUUCUGCACUUUGCUCGGUGAUCGUGACCGGUUUGCCCUGCAGAUGUGUGCAGCACUUAUGGAUCUAAAGGCAAAGUUCGAAACAGACACAAUUUUCCUUUUGGAUGCGGAAGAAAGCUGCCGCGAACGAAUUGUGCGACAAAUGGAUAGUUGGAAGCAGCGGCACUGCGCCAGGUUAGAGGACAGGGAAUCUUAUAUACAGCGUCUUCUUCAGCGGGCACGCGAGCUUUUGCCUGAGUUUGAGGAGAAGGAGCGAGAGGAGGUUAUCACGGUGGAACAAAUUGAGCUUAAAGGGAAGGUGUUAUGGUUUCAUGAGGGCUUGCAAAUGAUGAUGAGCAACAACGGGGCCCUGCUGAGCCCGUACGUCGGCCGAAAGCGGGGACACGAGAAAAGCAUGCUUGUGGGAGGCAAAUAUGUGGAGUCAACCUCACCGCCCGCUGUGGUUCCACGUGGGUUUCAGCAUUUGAUCUCUCCUCAUCCCCUGCGCAGACAAGGGCGUGAGGAUUUUUUUUUGCACUCCUCGCAAUAUUCAACAACUUCUGCGGAAGAGAAGGCGAAUCUGCCUCUGGAGGGCAAGCAGAAGACACGGGCCACGGUCACUGUUACAACUCCUGCAGUGCAUGGUCGCAAACCCAUCUGUCAAGGGGCAACGAGCGCCGGCAACGUCUCUAGUCCCUUGGAGGGCUCUCCGCCGCCAAGAAGGCCUCGCGAAGUGGUGGGACCCAUUCAAGAUGUGCUUCGAUUUGGUGAGACUUGGCCGGAGAACAGGCCGGCUAUGCAGACUGGAAAUAGGGUGGAACUCACAGGACGUGACAAGUGGGGUCCAGCCAGAGAAGGAAGGCUUUCUGAAGUUGCAACUCCGCCGUGUCGAGAUGCACGCGAAGCUAUUUUGUUAGGUGAAACGCCGGAAGUUGCUGCAGAUGUUGUGCCACCUUGUCAAGGUGACAUUGGGUCUGGUCUUGGAUACUGUUACGUGCCCUUCUUUUUUGAAAGGGAGGGCGGCGUUCGUUCUGACCUCUAG